CUAUCAGGUACAAUAUCAUAAUUGAUCUAGAUGAUGUUACUAAUAUAAAUAAGCCUAUAACAUGUAAGCAAACAUUUUAAUGGCAUAUUAUAGAUGGAAUCAUUCUGAAAAUUGGUAUGUGCCAAGCUAUCAAUUAAAGAAGAAUAUAAAAUUCAGUGAAAGACUCGUCAAAAUCGCACUUGAUGAUGAAAUCUAUAGCUAUAUGGCCGGAUAUGUAAUUGACGGAAAAAAUUUACUACCAGCCAUGGGAUAUCUUGCGCUCGUUUGGGAAACUAUUAGUAUAAUAAAAGAGAAAAUAUAUACAACUACGCCGAUAGUAUUUCGAGAUAUAAGCUUUAUUCGUGCUAUUCAUUUGUCGAAUAACGCUGCAAAAUUAAUGAUCACGAUACAGAAAUACAGUGGAAAGUUUGAAGUGAUCGAUGGAGAUAGCCUUGUGUUAAUUGGUACAGUGGAUAUCGUAUCAAAUCCAGAACAAGAGAUGAUUCCGAUCGAUUUAUUACCGGAGGAUGAGGACAAAGAAGAAUAUAUGACUUCUCAAGACGUCUACAAAGAAUUGAAACUGCGCGGUUAUGAGUAUAGUGGUUGCUUUUGUGGAUUAAAAAGCGUAUCUAUUUCAAGUAAUAAAGGACACAUCGUUUGGGCGAAUAAUUGGGUGACAUUUAUAGAAACCAUGCUACAGCUGCAUAUUCUUGGAUAUGAUACUAGAGAUUUAUAUGUUCCUACAAGUAUUCAAAAAUUGGUGAUUGAUCCUGCACUUCACGCGUCAAAGCUGCGGGACAUAAUAAGUGAUGAGGAUAAACAAUUACCAGUACGCGUAUACAGAGAAAUAGAUGCGAUUAUAUCUGGCGGAAUAGAGAUUCGAGGUGUUAAGACUACCAUGAUUUCUCGCAGAAAAAUAAUUCAGAAUCCCGUUAUCGAAGAAUAUAGAUUUGUAGCUCAUCAUGAUCACGCUAAAAUUUCUUUGGACGAAGCGAUUCGAAUAUCGGCGCAACUCAUGUUGGAUGAUCAUCAGAUUAUCAAAGUAAAAGCUAUUGAGCUAGUGGAAGAUAUUGAUAACGUAACAUUGGAAAAUUUAUCAUCUUCGUUGUUAAUUAAAACUUUUAAUGAUACACCAUUAAUUCAAACAAAUAUUACAUUAAUUACAUCACCGAAUUGCUUUAAUCCAGUAGAAUUGCCAGAAAACAUCACAAUUGCAGCUUUAAACAAGCUAUCUACAAAUGAUAAAGCCUUAAUAGCUUUCGGAUUCAAUCUUUUAACAAAAUCAAAAAAUUGGUUAGAACGACUUUUGCCAUUCAUAACGGAAGGUGGUUAUCUAUUGACGCGCGAGAAAUGCAACAUAACCGACUAUGAAAAAUAUUUACGGAAAUAUAAAUUAAAUGUCAUUCUUGAAAAACACACCGAUACAGAAGUAAUUUUGCUUCUAAAGAAAAAGGUUCCGAUAAAGAAAAUGAUCGUUGUGCAUAUAAAUAAUAAUGAUUUUAAUUGGCUCGAAGAUCUAAAGUUGCUUAUAAAUGAUGAGAAUCAACUUGAUAAAGAUAGUAGAAUCAUAAUUGUUGGAGAGGGAGAUUUUGAGUGCGGUUUGUUAGGUUUCGUUAACUGCUUGAAAAAGGAGUCAGGCGGCGAGCUUGUCAGAAGUGUAUUUAUUCAAGACCAGAAGGCUCCUAAAUUCUCUCUACAAGAUCCCUUUUAUAUGGAACAAUUGCAAAAAGAUAUGACUAUUAAUGUUUUGCGGUGUAAUAAAAUCUGGGGAUCUUAUAGGCAUUUGAAAUUACCAUCUCCAAAAGCCGAGCCUGUAGCCACCACCUAUGUCUGUGAAAUGGUUCGUGGUGAUCUAAGUACACUUUGUUGGAUGGAAAAUGAUACAUCCAUCGAUUCUCAUCGCAAAGAUUUGGUACACGUGAUCUAUUCAUCCAUCAAUUUCAGAGAUGUAAUGUUAGUCACUGACAAAUUAAAUUUGUAUUCGAGAAUGUCGCAAAAACAAUUUCGUAUGUCUCUCGGAACGGAAUAUGUAGGAUUCGAUGCCAAUGAACAACGUGUAAUGGGACUUUGUGCUAAUAAGUAUAUAGCAAACGUCGUUGUGAAAGACAAAGAUUUAUGUUGGAACAUACCCGAUGCAUGGACAUUCGAAGAAGCGGCAACAAUACCAUGCGCUUAUAGCACGUGUUACUUGGCUUUAUACAUUUAUGGGAAGAUGAAAAAAAGCGAUAAGAUACUUAUACAUUCUGGUGCUGGAGAUAUUGGACAAGCAGCUAUCUAUCUUGCUCUUAGUGAAGGAUGCGAGGUGUUCACUACUGUGGAUACAAUCGAAAAGCGAGAAUUUAUCAAAAAAAUGUUUCCGUCUAUUAUCGAUGAACACAUUGGAAAUUCUCGAGAUAUCAAUUUUGAACAAAUGAUAAUGUUGCAAACAAACGGUCGCGGUGUUGAUAUCGUGCUGAAUUCAUUGAUGGAAGAAAAGUUGAUUGCGUCCGUUUGUUGUCUAGCACGAAACGGUCGUUUCUUAGAAAUUGGCAGUCUUGCUUCUAAUAAUUCUCUAGAUAUAUCAAUAUUUCAAAAAGGUAUUAGUUUUUACAAAAUUCUACUCGAUAACUUGUUGAUCGGUUAUCACAAGUAUAAGUCUUUAUUGUCCAAGAUGAUGGCUAACGGUCUGAAAAAUGGAGCUAUUAAACCAAUUCAGGUGAAAGUUUUCCAGAAAACAGAAAUCGAGACGUUUUUUAGAUACAUGGAAAGUGGAAAACAUAUAAGAAAGGCAAUCUUAAAAAUUCAAGAGGAAGAUAAAUCUCUGAGUGGACUUAUUGUCGCACAUCGUCGUUACUACUGUCUUAAUGACAGAAGCUAUAUUAUCGUAGGAGGUCUGGGUGGAUUCGGUUUGGAAUUAACUGACUGGCUAAUACAACGAGGUGCUAAAAACAUCGUGCUGAUUUCACGAACUGGAAUAAAAAAUGGUUAUCAGAGCAUGAAAAUUCAAUUGUGGAAAUCGUAUGGUGUUAAUGUGGUCAUCAAGAAUAUCGAUGUCGCCGACAACAACGAUUGCGAACAUCUCCUCCAAAUCACGGAAAAGAAAUCACCGGUGGAUGCAAUAUUCAAUCUAGCUAUGGUGUUAAAGGAUCGCCUCGUGAAGAAUCAUACCGCGGAUACCUUUGCAAAAUCUUUCAAAUCAAAAGCCUGGGCAACACAAAUGUUGGACAAACUGUCCAGGAAAAUCUGCCCUAAACUUCGCCACUUUGUAGUAUUCUCUUCCGUUUCUUGCGGCAGAGGAAAUGCCGGACAAGCUAAUUAUGGUAUGGCCAAUUCCGUCAUGGAAAGAGUGUGCGAGAAAAGAAUGGAAAAUGGAUUACCCGGAUUGGCGAUUCAAUGGGGAGCCGUGGGUGACGUGGGUCUUGUCGCUAAUAUGCAGAAAGACAAUAAAGUACUCACUGUCGUCGGCACCACGCAGCAAAAGUUAGCCAAUUGCCUUGACGAGCUUGAUAAAUUCUUACUUCAAGGCCGGCCAAUCCUAAGCAGCAUGAUUUUAGCUGAGAAAAAAGUAGCAUCUUCCAGACUUGGCAAUAUGGUAGAAACUAUCGCUAAUAUUCUAAAUAUAAAAAACAUAAAAAUGAUAAGUCAAAAUAUAUCUCUGUCCGAGUUUGGAAUGGAUUCGAUGAUAGUUACGGAAAUCAAGCAAACUCUGGAACGAGAAUUCAAUAUCUGUUUCACUUUACAAGAGAUACGAAAUCUUACUUUUGCAAAACUCUAUGAGAUGUCUAACUCAGUUAAUGAAGCUAUUAAUAAAGAUGAUACUCCCAUAGCAGAAAGAGUCACUGUGAUAUCAUAAUGAUAUUGCUCUGUAAUAAUCAAAUAUGUCAUAAUUAAAUCUUGACGAUCUCUAUGAUCUUCACAAUAAUUAAUGAGAUAUUAAUUUAAAAAAUCAACUAAUCCGCGCGAAUAAAAGCGCGUGUCAGUUGGAGGAACGCACAAAGAACAAUAUCGGCGAGCUUCCAACCGCUCGUACAUAGUCAUUGUCCUUUGUAGAUAGCUCCCCCCUCCCCUCCCCCGACUGCUUUGCUACGCGCUUCUAUUUGCGCGGACUAACUGAUUUUUUAAAAUUAAUAUAUAGAUAAUUUUGCGUUAUUUCCGAGGAUAAAAACAAUUUUUCGUCUCUCAAAAUUUAAUUUUAAGAUAAUUUUUUUUAUAUACAAAAUAUACAAUUUAUUGCAAAAUAAUAUUGUUAACUAGAAUUAUAAUUAUAUUAUACACAGAAAGCAUUUAUAUAUUAAUGUUUGAUAAAAAUUUAAACUUAAUAAUAAAUAGUAAUUUUGAUAUUCUGCAUGUAUAAAUUGUUUCAAUUGAUAACGGCAAUGAAAUUAAUAUUCGUAAUAAAAAUAAAGAUUAAAAGUUAGGAAGUUACUUGCGCGAUAUAUUAAAACAGGAGGUAUAUAAGAAACAGUCUGAUGAAGAGGGCAUUAGUUGCUGCCAUCAUCUGACAAGAGAUGAUGGAUGUAGCAAGUAAUCAAUAUAAUAGUCGAAUGUGCAGUAGCAGCCAUAUGGACCGCGACGUAUAAGUAUGCGUUUCAACUUUUUUGCUUGAUAU